AUAUCUCUUAAUACAUAAAAUCAAUAAGAACAAACAAACAGACAAACAACAGCACCACAACUCUUUGCUUUGGGGUUUCGCUUUUCUCUCCUUCUUUCUUUUAAAUCUGUCUCGCUACUUCUCUCUCUUCCUCUUAAAUUUCUCUCGCUGCUGUGGAUGCUUCUUUUACCAGUUAAAAAUAGAUAAAGUUUGAGUUGAGAUGAGAUGACGACUGCACGAUCAACUUUGCCGGCCAGGCUGAGGCAGCUUAUAUCCGGCGAGAGUCCUAUCGGUCCCUCUGUUAAACUCGACUCUGAGCCCCCUCCAAAAAUCAAAACCUUUAUUGAUAAGGUGAUCCAGAGUCCAUUACAGGAUAUAGCAAUACCUCUUUCUGGCUUUCGUUGGGAGUACAGUAAGGGAAAUUUUCAUCAUUGGAGGCCAUUAUUUAUACAUUUUGAUACGUAUUUCAAGACAUACUUGGCUUGUAGGAAUGACCUUCUAUUGUCAGAUAAAGUUUUAGAAGAUGAUAAUCCAUUUGCAAAGCAUGCAGUUCUACAAAUAUUACGAGUGAUGCAAACAAUUUUAGAGAAUUGCCAUAACAAGAGUUCAUUUGAUGGUUUGGAGCAUUUCAAGCUUCUACUUGCUUCUACGGAUCCUGAGGUUCUUAUAGCUACCCUGGAGACUCUGGCUGCCCUUGUGAAGUUAAAUCCCUCUAAGCUUCAUGGCAAUGGGAAGUUAAUUGGAUGUGGCUCGGUAAACAGUUGCCUCUUGUCAUUGGCUCAAGGUUGGGGGAGCAAGGAGGAGGGCUUGGGAUUGUAUUCAUGUGUUAUGGCAAACGAAAGAAAGCAAGAAGAUGGGCUAUCUUUGUUCCCAUCUGAUAUAGAAAAUGAUAGUGAUAAGUCUCAUUAUCGAGUUGGUUCUACACUCUAUUUUGAACUGCAUGGGCACAGUGCUGUAAGCACUGAUGAAAACAGUUGCAACACAAACUCUUCAAGUUCAAAAGUUAUACACAUACCAGACCUUCAUUUAAGAAAGGAGGAUGAUCUAUCUUUGAUGAAGCAGUGCAUGGACCAGUACAACAUACCUCCUGAGCUCAGGUUCUCAUUGCUAACAAGAAUCAGAUAUGCGCGUGCCUUCCGUUCUCCCAGAAUAUGUAGAAUGUAUAGCAGGAUCUGCCUUCUGGCAUUUAUUGUGCUUGUUCAGUCUAGUGAUGCUCAUGAUGAACUAACAUCCUUUUUUGCUAAUGAGCCUGAAUACACAAAUGAGUUAAUCAGGAUUGUGAGAUCAGACGAAACUGUUCCUGGAACAAUUAGAACUCUUGCAAUGCUCGCCUUGGGAGCCCAGUUAGCCGCAUAUUCAUCCUCUCAUGAGAGGGCACGGAUUUUAAGUGGAUCAAGCAUCAGCUUUGCUGUUGGGAAUCGGAUGAUUCUCCUUAAUGUUCUUCAGAGAGCUGUUAUGUCGCUGAAAAAUUCCAGCGACCCAUCAUCCCUUGCCUUUGUUGAGGCGCUUCUUCAGUUUUAUUUGCUUCACAUUGUUUCAUCCUCAUCUUCAGGGAGUAAUAUAAGAGGAUCAGGAAUGGUUUCCACGUUUCUACCUCUUUUGGAGGAUUUUGAUCCUGCUCGACUGCAUCUUGUCUACUUGGCUGUGAAAGCUGUGCAGAAGCUCAUGGAUUACAGUAGUUCAGCUGUGACUGCAGUUAGAGAAUCAGGAGGAGUGGAACUGUUGGCCCAGAGGCUGCAGGCAGAAGUGCAUAGAAUUAUUGGUUUGACUGGGGAAAAUGAUAAUUCAGUGAUUGUCAGUGAAUGCUCAAGAUAUAGUGAUGAUCAUAUGUACUCCCAGAAGAGGCUUAUAAAGGUUCUUUUGAAGGCACUCGGAUCUGCUACUUAUGCCCCUGCAAAUUCUACCCGACCCCUCAACUCCCAUGAUAGUACCUUACCUGCUACUUUGUCGCUAAUAUAUGGGCAUGUAGAUAAAUUUGGAGGUGACAUUUAUUACUCAGCUGUGACUGUUAUGAGUGAAAUUAUCCAUAAAGACCCAACCUGUCUUCCUGCAUUGCUUGAAAUGGGUCUUCCUGAUGCAUUCUUAUCUUCAGUGGUGGCUGGAAUACUGCCUUCUUCAAAGGCCAUUACAUGUGUUCCAAGUGGCCUUGGUGCCAUUUGUCUUAAUGCCAAAGGCUUAGAGGCUGUGAAAGAAACUUCAGCAUUGCGAUUCCUUAUAGACAUAUUUACAAGCAAGAAAUAUGUCAUUGCAAUGAAUGAUGCUGUUGUUCCUGUGGCAAAUGCAGUGGAAGAGCUUUUGCGCCAUGUAUCUUCAUUGAGAGGCCCUGGUGUUGAUAUUAUCAUUGAGAUUGUUGAUAAAAUUUCUUCCUUUGGGGACAACAAUAAUGCUGGGUCAUCAGGGAAGUUCAGUGCUAGUACUGCAAUGGAAAUGGAUUCUGAAGACAGAGAAAAUGGACAUAGCUGUUUACUUGAUACAGUUGAUUCUGUUACUGAAGGCAUCAGUGAUGAGCAGUUCAUUCAAUCGUGCAUAUUUCAUUUGAUGGUUCUGCUUCACAGAACAAUGGAAUAUACUGAAACAUGUCGGUUAUUUGUGGAGAAGUCAGGAAUAGAAGCUUUUCUGAAGCUUCUCUUACGCCCUAGUAUUGCACAGUCAUCUGAAGGGAUGUCCAUUGCCUUGCAUAGCACAAUGGUUUUCAAGGGUUUUACUCAACAUCACUCUGCUCCUCUGGCACGUGCCUUCUGUUCUUCUCUUAGGGAACAUUUGAAGAAAGUUUUGGCUGGAUUUGGUGCUGUUUCAGGGUCCUUUUUACUUGAUCCGAAGAUGUCGCCUGAUGCUGGUGUCUUUUCAUCACUGUUCCUUGUUGAGUUCCUUCUCUUUCUUGCUGCUUCAAAAGACAAUCGUUGGGUAACUGCACUGCUUACAGAAUUUGCAAAUGACAGCAAAGAUGUUCUGGUAGACAUUGGACGUGUCCAUCGUGAAAUAUUAUGGCAGAUUGCUCUUCUUGAAGAUGCCAAGCUUGAGGUGGAGGAUGAUGGUGCGACUUCUGCCACUGAGACACAACAGUCUGAGUCAAGUGCAAAUGAUUCUGAAGAACAAAGAUUCAACUCCUUUAGGCAGUUCCUUGAUCCAUUAUUGAGGAGGAGGUCAUCAGGGUGGAGUAUUGAAGCCCAGUUUUUUGAUCUUAUCAACCUUUACCGUGAUCUUGGACGUGCUACUGGGUUUCGACAUAGAUUGAGUGCUGACAGUCCUUCAAACUUCUGGCUUGGAGCAAGUCCGUCCAGUUCGUCAGAUGCUGCUGGAUCUGGUAGUAAAAAAGAAUAUGACAAGCAGAAAUUGUUUUAUACCUCCUGCUGUGAUAUGGUGAGGUCUCUUUCUUUUCACAUUACCCAUUUGUUUCAAGAGUUGGGAAAGGUAAUGUUGCUUCCUUCUCGUCGACGAGAUGAUGCCGUGAAUGUGUCCCCUACUUCAAAGUCUGUGGCUUCCACUUUUGCCUCCAUUGCACUGGAUCACAUGAAUUUCGUUGGUCAUGUAAAUCCUUCUGGAUCAGAGGCUUCUAUAUCAACAAAGUGUCGCUACUUUGGUAAGGUUGUUAAUUUCACUGAUGGCAUUUUACUGGAAAGGCCAGAUUCCUGUAAUCCAAUUUUGCUAAAUUGCUUAUACGGCCAUGGAGUUGUUCAAUCAGUUUUGAUGACUUUUGAAGCGACCAGUCAGUUGCUGUUUGCACUUAACAGGGCCCACACAUCUCCAAUGGAGACUGAUGAUGGAAAUGUAAAACAGGAUGAAAAAGAAGAUGCAGAUCAUGCCUGGAUUUAUGGUCCCCUAGCUUGCUAUGGUAAACUUUUGGAUCACAUGGUGACAUCGUCUUUUAUUUUGUCUCCAUUUACUAGACAUUUGCUUUCUCAACCCCUGAUAAAUGGAGAUAUUCCUUUCCCACGGGAUGCUGAGACUUUUGUUAAGGUGCUCCAGUCCAUGGUGUUGAAAGCAGUGCUUCCUGUUUGGACUCACCCACAAUUUACUGACUGCAGUUACGAUUUUAUUACUACAAUUAUUUCUAUCAUCAGACACAUUUAUUCUGGGGUUGAAGUGAAAAAUGUCAAUAGCAAUAUCAAUUCUCGUGUUAGUGGACCCCCACUGAAUGAAACAACUAUUUCAACAAUUGUGGAGAUGGGUUUUUCCAGAUCUAGGGCAGAGGAAGCACUGAGACAGGUUGGAUCAAAUAGUGUAGAGUUAGCAAUGGAGUGGUUGUUCUCCCAUCCAGAGGAAACCCAAGAAGAUGAUGAACUUGCCCGUGCACUUGCCAUGUCUCUUGGGAACUCUGAAUCAGAAACGAAGGAAGAUGUUGCAAAUGCUACUAGUCAGCAACUUGAAGAAGAGAUGGCUCAACUUCCUGCCAUCGAGGAGUUGUUAUCGACAUGCACAAAGCUUCUUCUAAUGAAGGAGCCUCUAGCAUUUCCAGUACGAGAUCUGCUUGUGUUGAUAUGCUCCCAAAAUGAAGGUCAAUAUAGGUCUAGCAUCAUCUCAUUUUUAAUUGACCAAGUGAAGGAUUGUAGUUCGAUCUGUGAUAGCGGAAACAGUAAUAUGCUAUCUGCUCAUUUCCAUGUUCUUGCUUUAAUCCUUCAUGAAGAUGCAGGGGCACGUGAAGUUGCCUCCAAGAGUGGUCUUGUGAAACUGGUGUCUAAUCUGCUUGUGCAAUGGGAUUCUGUUUCAGUUGAUGGGGAUAAAUACCAAGUUCCAAAAUGGUUGACGACUGCUUUUCUUGCCAUUGAUCAGCUAUUACAGGUUGAUCAAAAAUUAAAUUCUGAUUUUACUGAGCUGUUAAAGGGAGAUGAUGCUAGUAGCCAGCAGACUGCUAUUAGUAUUGAUGAGGAUAAGCAAAACAAGUUGCAUGCAUUAAGAUCAUCAAAAUAUAUUGAUCCUCAUGAUCAGAAGAGACUUACUGAGAUUGCGUGUAGCUGUAUCAAGAAACAGCUUCCAUCUGAAACCAUGCAUGCAGUACUUCAACUAUGUUCCACUCUCACGAGAAGUCAUCCCAUUGCCAUAUGUUUUCUUGAUGCUGGGGGUGUAAGUUCAUUGCUUUCACUGCCAACAAGUAGUCUGUUCCCUGGGUUUGACAAUGUUGCUGCGACUAUUAUCCGUCAUGUCCUUGAAGAUCCUCAAACUCUCCAGCAAGCAAUGGAAUCUGAGAUAAAGCACACCCUUGUGUCUGCUGCAAACAGGCAUUCAAAUGGACAUAGGCAUUCUAAUGGACGUAUCACUCCACGCAAUUUCCUUCUAAAUUUAAGUUCUGCAAUCUCAAGAGAUCCAGUUAUUUUUAUGCAAGCUGCUCAGUCUGUUUGCCAAGUUGAGAUGGUUGGUGAUAGGCCUUACAUUGUCUUGCUGAAAGAUCGUGACAAGUCCAAAGAGAAAGAGAAGGAUAAGGAAAAGACUUCAGAGAAAGACAAAACACAGGCUAAUGAGGGUAAGGUUAUUCUGGGUGCUGUGAACACAACAGCUCCUGGGAAUGGGCAUGGAAAAAUUAUUGACUCGAAUUCCAAGGUUGUUAAAGCUCAUCGGAAGUCUCCCCAGAGCUUUGUAAAUGUGAUUGAAUUGCUUCUGGAUUCAGUCACUUCCUUUGUACCUCCACUGAAGGAUGAUGUGGUUACAGAUGUGCCUCCUCUCGAUACAUCAUUAUCAAGUGAUAUGGACAUUGAUGUUGCUGCUAUCAAAGGAAAAGGAAAAGCUGUAGCUGCUGUAUCUGGAGAUAGUGAAGCCAACGGCCAAGAUGCAUCUGCCGCACUUGCAAAGAUUGUUUUUAUCUUGAAACUUAUGACAGAGAUUUUACUAAUGUAUUCUGCAUCCAUACAUGUUCUUCUUCGAAGAGAUGCUGAGAUCAGUAGCUGCAGAGGUGUUACUGGUUUUUGCAGGGGAGUGUUUCAUCAUAUUAUUCACAGUUUUAUUCCAUAUUCUCGAAAUUCCAGGAAGGAAAGGAAAGGAGAUGGUGACUGGAGGCAUAAACUAGCAAAUAGGGCUAGCCAAUUCGUGGUGGCAUCUUGUGUCCGUUCUGCAGAGGCAAGGAAGAGGGUUUUUACAGAUAUAAGCUGUAUUUUCAAUGACUUCGUUGAUUCUUGUAGUGGUUUCAGGCCAGCAGGUGAUGAUAUACAAACUUUUGUUGAUUUGGUAAAUGACAUUCUUUCUGCUCGCACACCUACUGGUUCUUGCAUCUCUGCUGAAGCUUCUGCCACUUUUAUAGAUGUUGGUCUGGUUAGAUCAUUUACUCGGACUCUUGAGGUAUUGGAUUUAGAUCAUGCCAAUUCACCCAAAGUUGUUAUAGGGCUUGUCAAAGCUCUGGAGUUGGUGACAAAGGAACAUGUUCAUGCUGCUGAUUCUAGUGCAUCAAAAGGUGAGAAUUCAGCCAAAACUCCUGGUCAUGAUCAGGCUGAAAGAACAGAUAAUAUGGUUGACAUGUCCCAAUCCAUGGAAAUGGCAUCGCAGUCCAAUCAGGAUCCUCUGGCACCAGACCAUGUUGAGUCUUUUAAUGCUGUACAAAAUUAUGGUGGAUCCGAGGCUGUUACAGAUGAUAUGGAACAUGACCAGGAUCUUGUUGGAGGGUUUGCUCCUGCAGCUGAGGAUGAUUAUAUGCAAGAAACUCCCGAGGACAUAAGGGGUCUAGAAAAUGGCAUUGAUAGUGUUGGGAUACAGUUUGAAAUCCAGCCUCAUGUGCAAGAAAAUCUUGAUGAAGAUGAGGAGGAUGAAGAGAUGUCGGGGGAUGAUGGGGAUGAAGAUGAUGAUGAGGAUGAUGAAGAGCAUAAUGAUCUGGAAGAGGAUGAAGUCCAUCACCUGCCUCAUCCUGAUACUGAUCAGGAUGAUCAUGAGAUUGAUGAUGAUGAAUUUGAUGAGGUACUGGAUGAAGAAGAUGAAGAGGACGAUGACGAGGAAGGUAUUGUUCUUAGCUUGGAUGAAAAUGUCUUUGACCAUAUUGAGGUUUUCGGCAGAGAUCAUAGCUUUCCCAAUGAAAGUCUUCAUGUAAUGCCAGUUGAUGUUUUUGGUUCUAGGCGUCAAGCACGGACUACUUCUAUUUACAGUCUUUUGGGUCGAACUAGUGAUAGUUCUGCAUCCUCACAUCAUCCUCUUUUAUCGGGACCUUCCUCUAUGCAUUCUGCUCCCAGACCAUCAGACAAUGCCCAUGACAUUAUUUUCUCAGAUAGGAAUGCUGAUAGCACCUCUUCACAGUUGGAUAUUAUUUUCCGAUCUCUGAGGAGUGGACGUCAUGGUCAUCGUUUGAACUUAUGGGGGGAUGAUAGUCAGCAAACUGGUGGUUCUAGUGCACCAGUUGUACCACAAGGCCUUGAAGAGAUACUUAUUUCCCAGUUGAGACGACCAUCUCCAGAGAAACCAGAUCAGAAUACAUCAACAGCUGACCCUCAAAGUAAUGGUGAGGCUAGUCAGUUACAGGAGUCAGAAGCAGGUGCAAGGCCUGAAAUUCUCAUGGAGAACAAUAUAAACAAUGAAAGCAUUGAUACUGGUCCUUCCUCUACACCUGCAAUUGAAAGCUCUGUCAAUGCUGAUAUGAGACCUGCAGCAACUGAUUCUUUGCAUGGAACAGAUGCAUCCAGUACACACUCACAGUCUGUUGAAAUGCAAUUUGAACAGAAUGAUGCCGUUGUUCGGGAUGUUGAAGCGGUGAGUCAAGAAAGUGGUGGAAGCGGGGCAACAUUGGGAGAAAGCCUGAGGAGCCUAGAUGUUGAAAUUGGAAGUGUUGAUGGCCAUGAUGAUGGUGGAGAAAGACAAGGUUCCACUGAUAGAAUGCCUUUGGGUGAUCAACAAGCAACUCGUACAAGAAGAGCUAAUGUGUCUUUUGGGAAUUCUACUCCUUUAAGUGGGCGAGAUGCACCACUUCAUAGUGUGACUGAAGUUUCAGAGAAUUCUAGCCGUGAAGCAGAUCAAGAAGGUCCAGCAGUGGAGCAGCAAAUAAACAGUGAUGGAGGUUCUGCAUCCAUUGAUCCUGCAUUCUUGGAAGCACUUCCUGAGGAGUUGCGUGCAGAAGUUCUAUCAGCACAACAAGGUCAAGUGGCACAGCCUUCAAACGAACAACCACAAAAUGCUGGAGAUAUUGACCCUGAAUUCCUUGCAGCACUUCCUCCAGAUAUUCGGGAAGAAGUUCUAGCACAACAGCAAGCUCAAAGACUUCAUCAAUCUCAAGAACUUGAAGGUCAACCGGUAGAAAUGGACACAGUCUCCAUAAUUGCAACGUUUUCUUCAGAUUUGCGAGAAGAGGUCCUCUUAACAUCAUCAGAUGCUAUUCUUGCCAAUCUCACUCCUGCUCUUGUUGCGGAGGCAAACAUGUUGCGUGAAAGGUUUGCUCAUCGUUAUCAUAAUCAUACCUUAUUUGGUAUGUACCCUAGGAAUCGUAGAGGUGAGUCUUCUAGGCGUGGUGAAGGUAUUGGAUCAAGUGUGGACAGAUCUGGUGGAAGUAUUACCUCACGCAGGAACAUUGCUGCUAAGGUAGUUGAAGCUGAUGGAUCUCCUUUAGUUGGAAUGGAAGCUCUUCAAGCAAUGAUUAGGUUGCUUCGUGUAGUCCAGCCACUUUAUAAAGGUUCAUUGCAGAGGCUUCUCUUGAAUUUAUGUGUGCAUACUGAAACCAGAAUAUCUGUGGUUAGAAUCCUGAUGGACAUGCUGAUGCUUGAUACAAGAAAGCCAGCAAAUUAUUUAAAUGCUAUUGAGCCACCAUAUCGACUUUAUGGUUGCCGGAAUAAUGUGAUGUAUUCUCGUCCCCAACAUUUUGAUGGAGUUCCUCCUUUGGUAUCUAGGCGUAUUCUUGAAACUCUGACAUACUUGGCUCGUAAUCAUCCGUUUGUUGCAAAGAUUUUGCUUCAGUUUAGGCUGCCUCUUGCUGCCUUGCGAGAGCCAGAGAAUAUUGAUGAGGUUCAUGGCAAGGCUGUUAUGGUUGAUGAACCUUGUGAAAUCGGUAGAAAACAGCAAGAAGGAUAUAUAUCCGUUAUGUUGCUUUUGAGUCUCUUGAACCAACCCCUGUAUCUGAGGAGUAUAGCACAUCUUGAACAGCUGCUUAAUUUAUUGGGGGUUAUUAUUGACAAUGCUGAAAGCAAUUUACCUGACAAAUCAGGGGCAUCUACAGCAGAACAGCAACCUCUUCCAGUUCCCACGUCAGUGGGUGGCAUGAAUGCAGAACCUCAUGGUGUUUCUUCUGGGAUGUCUGUUUCAUCAUCCUAUGUUGAUUCCAGAUCUAUAACUUCAUGUGAAAAUGAUGAAUGUGAUGUUCAAAGUGUAAUGCUUAACCUGCCCCAAACUGAACUUCGACUUCUGUGCUCAUUGCUAGCUCGAGAAGGUUUGUCAGAUAAUGCAUAUUCUCUGGUGGCAGAGGUAAUGAAUAAGUUGGUGGUGAUUGCUCCCACUCAUUGUCAGUUAUUUAUCACUGAGCUGGCUGAUGCAGUACAAAAGUUGACUAAAUCUGGCAUGGAUGAGUUACGAGUGUUUGGUGAAGCUGUGAAAGCACUUCUCAAUACAUCAUCUUCUGAUGGAGCUGCAAUUUUAAGGGUCCUGCAAGCACUUAGCUCUCUUGUUGGCUCCUUGAUUGAGAAGGAGAAAGAUCAGCCAAUUCUUCCUGAAAAGGAGCAUUCGGUUGCUCUUUCUCAGGUAUGGGACAUUAACACAGCUUUAGAGCCUUUGUGGUUGGAGCUGAGUACUUGUAUAAGUAAAAUAGAGAGCUAUUCAGAUUCUUCUGAAGUGCCAACUACAUCCAGAAAUUCCACAGGCAAACCAUCUAGUGCUAUUUCUCCACUUCCUGCGGGUGCUCAGAACAUCUUACCAUAUAUAGAAUCUUUCUUUGUGAUGUGUGAGAAGUUGCAUCCUUCACAACCGGGGUCUGGUCAUGAUUUUGGUACAGCUGUUGUUUCUGAGGUUGAAGAUGCCAGCACUUCUGCUACCCAGCAGAAGACUGUAGUACCCAUCACAAAAGUAGAUGAAAAGCAGAUGGCUUUUGUGAGGUUCUCUGAUAAGCACAGGAAGCUGCUAAAUGCUUUCAUCCGUCAGAAUCCUGGGCUCCUGGAGAAGUCUUUCUCACUCAUGCUCAAGGUUCCUCGCUUUGUUGAUUUUGACAAUAAACGAGCACACUUCAGAUCAAAAAUAAAGCAUCAACAUGACCAUCAUCACAAUCCUUUAAGAAUUUCAGUAAGAAGAGCUUACAUUCUUGAGGAUUCUUAUAACCAACUGCGCUUGCGAUCAACCCAAGAUUUGAAGGGAAGGUUGACCGUUCACUUUCAAGGAGAGGAAGGUAUUGAUGCAGGUGGUCUUACCAGGGAAUGGUACCAGUUGCUGUCCAGGGUUAUUUUUGACAAAGGAGCCCUGCUUUUCACAACCGUGGGCAAUGAAUCAACAUUCCAGCCCAACCCCAACUCUGUCUACCAAACAGAACAUCUUUCGUAUUUUAAAUUCAUCGGGCGAGUUGUUGGGAAAGCACUUUUUGAUGGACAACUUUUGGAUGUGCAUUUUACACGAUCAUUCUACAAGCAUAUCCUUGGAGUUAAAGUAACUUAUCUUGACAUUGAAGCUAUUGAUCCUAGUUACUUCAGAAACCUGAAGUGGAUGCUUGAGAAUGACAUAAGUGAUGUUCCAGAUCUCACUUUCAGCAUUGAUGCUGAUGAGGAGAAACGGAUUUUGUAUGAAAGAACACAAGUAACUGACUAUGAACUAAUUCCUGGUGGACGAAAUAUGAAGGUUACUGAAGAGAAUAAGCACCAAUAUGUUAAUCUAGUUGCUGAGCAUCGUUUGACCACAGCUAUUCGUCCUCAAAUAAAUGCAUUCCUGGAAGGAUUUAAUGAACUUAUUCCUAGGGAAUUAAUAUCUAUUUUCAAUGACAAGGAAUUGGAAUUGUUGGUUAGUGGACUUCCAGACAUAGACUUGGAUGACAUGAGGGCAAAUACAGAAUAUUCAGGGUACAGUGCUGCAUCUCCUGUCAUACAGUGGUUUUGGGAGGUUGUUCAAGGGUUCAGCAAGGAGGAUAAGGCUCGUCUUCUACAGUUUGUUACUGGCACAUCAAAGGUGCCAUUGGAAGGUUUCAGUGCUCUACAAGGAAUUUCAGGCUCACAAAAGUUUCAAAUACACAAGGCUUAUGGCAGCUCAGAUCAUUUGCCAUCUGCUCAUACUUGUUUCAAUCAAUUAGAUUUGCCGGAGUAUCCUUCUAAACAACAUCUAGAAGAGAGACUGCUGCUUGCAAUUCAUGAAGGCAAUGAAGGGUUUGGAUUUGGUUAGAAAUUAUACCUCCGAAACAAACAUGGAGAGGAGCUUGCAAUUCAUCAAGGCAACAAAGGUUUCGGAUUUGGUUAGAAAUUACAGGUGGGACAUCAGAAUUAGUCAUGUAGAUAAUAAUUUUUAUAAAUGACAAAAUUCAGCAAUGGGAGGGAGAUGGGAGGAUGUCAUAUACACAUGUUUAUAAAUUGUACAGUCAUAUUGGCUACUGGAAAUGCUUAUGGCAGUUUUAAAUUUGCCAACCUGCCCUUGUUUUCUUUUCUUAUUUUGUUUAGCUUUAUUUAAAUUUAUCUCAAUUUUUUCUUUUUCGAUUUAGUUUUCUUAUCUUGUUUUUUAGACUAGGUGAUAUUGAUGUUUCUCCAAGAAAAUAUUGGAAAAGGUACAGAAAUGACAAAAUUGAAGAUUGUUGAGUAUUA